UUUGACAUGACAUCGGACCGACCCGCGCUCUCUGGGGUUGUUGGCGCAGAAAGCCUCAGCAGUUAUGGCCCGAACGGCAAUCAUCCCGUCCAUAUAGGCGACCAAUUCUCGCAUGGACGAUACACUGUGGUCCACAAGCUUGGUUAUGGUCGAACUUCGACAACAUGGCUCGUACUCGAUGAACAAACUCAAUCAUACGCUUCUCUCAAAAUAGUCAUGGCAGGGCGCACUGUCACGGAAGUGGAAGUUCUGCGACAUCUCCAGGCGACGUACGAUGCAACAGAGGAGGGAAGCGAACAUGUGGGGCGAAUGUUUGACUCCUUCAUCCACGAGGGGCCAAACGGAAAACACCAAUGCAUUGUUGGUGAGGUAUUCGGAGCAAAUUUGGCAUCCGAUGUGUACUGGGGCUCGUUCUGGGAGAACGAAUCUCUGCCAAUAGAAAUGGUUCGUCGACUUUCGGGACAACUUGCCCUAGGCCUUCGCUACCUUCACCGACGCGGCGUUGCUCACGGGGACCUCCACCCAGGAAACAUGCUCCUAUGUCUUCCAAAUGCUUUAACCAGCCCUGAGGACGUUAAGCGCUAUAUGGGCAUGCCACACAAAUGCUUUGUCCGCAACGAAACAGGCUACUCGCCUCCCCACAUACCAGAAUACCUUGUCCCAGGACUGACUAUAAAUACCACCAACCUACAUCUUUGCUUCACCAAAUCCAACGUCAAGAUUUGCGACUUCAGCGAGUCCUACAUGGCUAGCUUGUCUACCAUUCCUCAGUUGGCCACUCCAUUAGCCUUGCGUCCCCCUGACGCAGUUCUCGACACUAUGCCCCAUGCGACAACCGAGCUCGACAUAUGGGCACUCGGCGUUACCUUCCAUAUGCUGUUAGUCGGCGGGCUCGAGCCGUUCAUCUGUCCAGGAGGUUUUUUGGGUGGUAAACGAGACUGGAAUCGCAUGUUGAAGGAAAUGGUGUUGAGAAUGGGCAAGUUUCCGGAGCCCUUGUGGUCGCAAUGGAACCGGCGAAAUGACGAUUUUGACGACGAUGGCCAACCGUUGGAUUCGAACACCAAGAUUCCCUCUCGCCUAGUGAGCAAAUAUUGCGAUUUACAUGGAGAAGAAUUGGUGGUUUAUGAGGCACUUUUGCGUUCCAUAUUCCAAUAUCAGCCACAUGAACGUAUCACUGCAGAGCAGUUGGUUUCGAGUACCUGGAUAUGCGACUACUGCCGUCCCGAAAUGGAGGAGGGCAGAGUGUUUGACGUCCCGGACUUCUCUUGA